AUGCAUAUCUGGAAGCAGCUUAUACUAGCGGGGCUUUCACCGAAGACUUCUGCGCAGAAUAUUUUGGAUCUUAGUGGCGAUGGUUGGACUGUCACUAGCAAGGCGUUGAAUAUCAGUGUCCCUGGCCAGGUCCCCUCCCAGGUGCAUUUGGAUCUUCUUGCUGCGAGCGUCAUCGAUGAUCCCUACCAUGGGUUAAAUAAUUUCAACUUGCGUUGGAUCGGGGACAGCAAUUGGACCUACACGAGCCAGCCAAUCGACGGAUUCUUAAGCAACUCUAAAUCCUCUUGGCUGGUGUUCAACGGCCUCGACACUUUUACAACAGUUGAAUUUUGUGGUAAGUUUAUAGGCGCUACAGAUAACCAAUUUCGGCAGUACACCUUCGAUAUAUCGGAUACGCUCAGCCAUUGCAAUGAUUCCCCGACACUUUCUCUAGAGUUUGGAAGUGCUACGAAGAUUGCAGAUGCCAUCGCUGCUGAUCCAAAUUCACAAAAAUGGGCUUCCGGGAUUCAAGGAGUCUUCGAAUUUCCUAAUCGCUGGUACAUUCGCAAAGAACAGUCCGACUUCGGCUGGGAUUGGGGACCGGCGUUCUCGCCUGCUGGCCCAUGGCAAAAUAUCUACCUCGUGCAAUCUGAAGACGAAGAAAGUGUAUAUGUUGUCAACACGGGCUUCGAUGUUUAUCGAAAGGGCCAAAUUAACCAUCUUGCUCCCGAUCAGAGUCAGCCUUGGAUCGUGAAUGCAAGUAUUGACUAUCUCGGUUUUCUUCCUCGGGAACCGUCUAUGACGAUUGAGAUCAAAGACCUGGAUUCGGGCAAAGUAUUGAAGUCUGGGUCGCUUGAUAACGUCGUUGUGACUGGUAAAACCAUCACUGGCACCACUGUCGUCGAUGCAGAUGCACCUCGACUCUGGUGGCCGAUGGGGAUGGGUAAGCAAAGCCUGUACAACAUCACAGUCAUCAUACAGAACAAAGACCAUGAGCUUGCCAGCGUAACCAAGCGAACAGGCUUCCGCACUAUUUUCCUGAACCGGUCCAAUAUCACCGAGGCACAAUUGGAGCAAGGUAUUGCACCAGGUGCCAAUUGGCAUUUCGAAGUUAAUGGCCAUGAGUUCUAUGCGAAGGGUUCAAAUCUCAUCCCGCCAGAUGCAUUCUGGCCGCGAGUCACAGAGGCCAAAAUGCAGCGACUUUUCGAUGCAGUUGUUGCUGGAAAUCAGAAUAUGCUCCGAGUCUGGGCAUCGAGUGCUUACCUUCCGGACUUUAUGUACAAUCUUGCCGACGAACGCGGAGUACUAUUGUGGAGCGAAUUUCAAUUCAGCGAUGCGCUAUAUCCAACAGACCAGCCUUUCUUAGACAAUGUAGCUGCCGAGGUUGUUUACAACGUGAGACGAGUAAAUCACCAUCCAUCGUUAGCCUUAUGGGCUGGUGGAAAUGAGAUCGAAAGUUUGAUGCUACCAACGGCUAAGCAACGCGAUCCUACAUCCUAUGACCGCUUGAUUGGAGACUACGAACAUCUGUUUAUCACAUUGAUUCUUCCGCUCGUAUAUGAGAACUCACGAUCAAUCUCAUACAUGCCCAGUAGCACUAAUAACGGCUUCCUGGAAGUUGAUGUCUCUGCUCCGGUUCCCAUGGCCGAGCGCUACGACAACGGCACAAAGGCAGAGGGACAUUACUACGGUGAUACCGACUACUACAACUAUAAUAGCAAUGUGGCGUUUGAAUUUUCAGGCUAUCCAGUUGGCCGCUUCGCCAAUGAAUUCGGCUACCACAGCAUGCCGAGUCUACAGACAUGGCAGCAAGCCAUAAACGAUGAAGACCUCCACUUCAAUAGCAGUACUAUCAUGCUACGAAAUCACCACUACCCAUCGAACAAUCAAGACACCCACAACUAUAAGAACUCGUCAAAGGGCAUGGCCGAAAUGACUCUUGCCGUCGAGAGAUACUACCCGAUCCCCAACAAGCAAGACUCCAUUGCCAACUUCAGUGCCUGGUGUCACGCGACACAGCUUUUCCAGGCGGAUAUGUACAAGUCCGAAAUACAGUUCUAUCGCCGCGGCAGUGGAAUGCCAGAGCACCAGCUCGGAUCCUUGUACUGGCAACUGGAAGAUAUCUGGCAGGCCCCAACGUGGGCUGGUAUUGAGUAUGACGGCCGCUGGAAGGUUCUUCACUACGUCGCCCGCGACAUCUUCCAGCCUAUCAUUGUUUCGCCAUUCUGGACCCCAUCUACUGGAGAGUUGUCUGUUUAUGUGACUUCCGACCUUUGGGAGACUGCGAACGGCUUGGUGAAUUUCACCUGGGUAGACCUGUCCGGAAAGCCGAUCCUAGAUAAUGCUGGCAGCCCCAAGACCAAACAGUUUUCCGUUGGAGCACUUAAUACAACCAGUAUCUACAAUAUCAACGUGGCAAACCUCUCUCUGUCCAAUACUCAAGAUGCUAUACUGAUCAUGGAUCUGGCUGCUGAGGGCCGCCCUCCAAAUACUGAAGACAAGGCUUUGACUACUUUCACCCAUCGUAACCAUUUCACUCCGGUCAUUCCUAAAGAUCUGAAAGUGAAAGAUCCCCAACUGAAGCUGUCUCACGAUGCCCAGACCGGUACAUUUACUGUCGAAGCUCAGACUGCCGUCUCGCUGUACACAUGGCUUGACUAUCCCGCUGGCACUGUGGGCUACUUUGAGGAUAACGCGUUCACAACACUUCCUGGCGAGAAACGGAUUCUGAGAUUCGUUGUACAGAAUGAUGAAACUAGUGGUAAGUGGGUGGAUGGUGUUACUGUACGUAGUCUGUGA